AUGUUGGGCUACUCAGGAUGCUGCUACUACAGUACCACUUGGUGUUAUUUGCCCCAGGUUUCUGUAACGGCCCAUGCGACCAUACUCUCUUCCGCAUCACGUACAACUCUUACCCAGACCUUUGUUAAUCCAUCGGAAGUCCUCAUCAAGGAAGUAUCCUACACUUUCCCUCUUUACGAUGGCGUCAGCGUCGUGGGGUUCGAGUGUCGCGUGGGAUCGCGGUUGCUUCACAGUAAGGUCAAAACAAAAGAACAAGCUGAAUCCGAGUAUCAAGACGCCGUUACAAACCAAGAGACGGCAGCUAUCAUGGAUCACACCGUGGAGAAUGACAUCUUUGUUAUUCGACUUGGCAAUGUCCCUGCCAAGGAGACUAUCACCGUUGACAUCACCUUUGUCGGCGAGCUCAAGCAAGACCCUCAGUCUGACGGUGUGCGCUAUACUUUACCGAACUCCAUUGCUCCACGAUACCCUGGGAACCUGUGGAGUUCCAAUCCCGCUGGUUUCCUUACUAGCCACGGCCUGCCGGCAGACCUAAAAGGUAUUACAAUCACGGUUGAUGUUCUCAUGGAAAAGGACUCGAUAAUUCGGGAACUACACUCGCCGAGUCACGCUGUCAAGGCUUCCCUUGGCCGAAUGUCUUCCACCCCCGCCGAUGCCCAAUCAUUUGACCCAUCCAAUGCCUCUGCAACUCUGCGUCUUACCAAGGGCGAAUAUGCUUUACUAGAACGCGAUUUUGUUCUAGUCGUCAAGGCUGAUGGCCUCGAUAACCCCCGUGCGUUACUGGAAACCCAUCCCACACUCCCAAAGCAACGGGCCUUGAUGGCCACGUUGGUUCCUAAAUUCAGUCUGCCACCAGCUCAACCUGAGGUGGUCUUUGUCAUUGAUAGAAGUGGAAGUAUGCACGAUAAGAUCCAAACGCUCACCUCUGCCCUUCAAAUAUUCUUGAAAUCCCUGCCUGUCGGCAUUUGUUUCAACAUCUGCUCGUUUGGAUCCAGUUUCUCCUUCCUCUGGCCAACAAGCAGAGUCUACGACGCAUCGAGCUUGGAGGAUGCCUUGUGCUUUGUAUCCACCAUCAGUGCCAACAUGGGCGGUACGGAAAUGCAACAUGCUGUAGAGGCCACGGUCGCCAACCGUUUGAAAGGCAAAGAUUUGGAGCUUCUUCUACUAACCGACGGCGAAAUUUGGCGGCAAGAUAUGCUGUUCGAUUUUGUUCGAAAAUCGGCCGCCGACAACACUGCUCGCUUCUUCUCCUUGGCCAUCGGGGACGCAGCGUCACAUGCUCUCGUGGAGGGCGUUGCCCGUGCUGUAAAUGGUUUCUCCCAGUCUGUAAUCAAUUACGAAGAGCUGGAUCGGAAGGUGGUAAGGAUGCUCAAGGGCGCACUCACCCCCCAUAUCUUUGACUACAAGCUCGAGGUGCAAUAUGAUGGUGGUAAGGCCGAUGACGACUUCGAAAUUGUGGAUUCCGACAUACCCAUGUCAGACUCCGAAACUGAGAUUGCAACCCCAACCUCUGAAACGUCUCAACAAACCCCCACACAACAGCCUAUUUCCCUCUUCGAUGCCAAUUUCAAGGAAUCAGACGCGGAACUUGGCUCCCGUCAACAGGCAGAUGACAAGAGUCUUCUCCCCAUCAUCCCUCCCCCUCGAGCUCUUCAAGCCCCUUAUAAGAUCCCGUCACUUUACCCGUUCAUCAGGACCACAGUCUACCUGUUGUUAGAUCCCCGUUCAUCACAUCGUAUUCCAAAGUCACUCACCUUCCGUGCGACCUCCAAGCUUGGGCCUCUGGAACUGCAAAUCCCGAUUGGCGAUUCUGGCAAGGGAGAAACAAUUCAUCAACUUGGUUCGCGAAAGGCAGUCAUUGAACUUGAGGAGAACCACGGUUGGCUUCAAGACAGCCGUGAUGAGUCUGGAAACCCAUUCCGCCAACUUCACUCGAAUACACAGCAGCGCAUCGUGGCUCGCGAGUGCCAGACACUGGGGAUCAAAUAUCAGGUCACUGGAAAAUACUGCUCCUUCGUUGCCUUGGAAAGCGAUGACUCUUCCAACUCAGAGGAGAGAGGGACCACGAAGGAGAUUGAGACACAAACAGUGCCGGUUGUCAAGACGACUCGAACUUCCCACCGCUCAUCUAGGCUACUUGCCAAGCCAACUACAGCUCACAGCGGCGGCGGCGGAAUUUUCGCAACAUACAGCGCCGGACCGCCACCACAGAGUGCUUCUACUUAUGCUGCACGUAGCAGGCAAGUGGUAAUGGCGCCAAAGCCCCUGAUAGUCGCCCAAGCAUUCGGCUCCUCAAAGAGCUCGCUCGGUUCCCCAGCCCCAGCACCUCCUCCACCGCCACCACCUGCAUCAGGGCGAGCACUCCCUAGAAUGAACGCUAUGAUGAUGCCGUCGAGACCGGCCUUCGGGGCUUUCUCUCGAUCCCCUCCAGCAAGGAUAAGUUCCUCCGAAGGAGAUGGUCAGGCCCAGUCUCCAGCCCAACCAAGUGCCUUUGGGGCACCAUCUGGAGGCCUCUUUGGUUCAUCGACUCAACAGUCAACAGGUGGCUCUCUCUUCGGACGACCCAGUCAAGCCCAGGCUCAAGCACAGUCAAGUCCCUCUGCGGCACCAUCUGGAAGCCUGUUUGGUUCAUCAACUCAGCCCACAGCAGGUGGCUACCUCUGUGGGGGGCAAAGUUCUGGAUCAACACCGUUUGGAAGUGCCGCUCCUCCUCCACCAACUUCGAUGCCAGAGAAAAAGGCGCUCUUCGUUGCUCGCCAAGAACGGGAUAAUGCAGAGCCACUGCCCCUCACAAAUCAGCCUACAGUGCAUGCCCUUGUGAGAUUGCAAUCUUUCGAAGGAAGCUGGGAAUGGAAGCAAACCCUGUUUGAUGUGAUCGGGUGUCAAAUGACGGAUGUUCAAGCCCAAAUCCUUCGUUUGCUGCAAGUAGAGGACUUUGACAGUGAAGCCGGAAAGGUUGUGGCUACUAUCCUGGCACUUGGCUUCCUCGUGAAUAAGCACGCAGACUCCAAAGGUCUAUGGGAGUUGGUUUCCGAUAAAGCAGAAGCCUGGAUUUCUCAGAGAUUGCCUGCAAUGCCUCUUGGCCAAGUCAUCGAAUCUCACAAAAGUGACAUCAUGGCUUUAGCGUGA